AUUCCAAACCUUAAUUGGUAGACAAACACAAAAUAGUACUAAUGGGCCUAGCGUUAAGUAGAUUAAUUUUUAGGCCCAGCCUACUUAACAUGUCAUUAUACAUACAAGAGUGAGACCACUCUUUAAUAACCACUCGACUCCUAUCCUUUAUGACUUGUCUCCAGAAAUCAUGUGUAUACAAAUCAGUGAGACGAUUGAUUUGUUUUUACUCGCUCUCAUCACCGUUGGAUCUAUCAUCACAGUGGCUUAUGUUUUCCGAUCAAAGAACAAGAAUUUACCGCCAAGUCCGGUUGGUUUCCCGGUGAUCGGACACAUCCACCUUCUCAAAGAACCUAUUCACCGUUGCCUCCGUGACCUCUCCCAAAACCUCCGCAGCGACGUGUUUUCUCUCCGCUUAGGCUCUCGUCGUGUCGUGGUUGUGACGUCAGCUUCCGCGGCGGAGGAGUUUUUAUCUCACCAGAACGAUGUCGUUUUCGCCAACAGGCCUCCGGCUACUUUAACCGAGAUCAUUUCUUACAACUACACGGUGUUUAGCUCAGCUCCGUACGGCGAACACUGGCGGAGACUCCGACGUUUCUGCACCGUUGAUAUCUUCUCCCCUGCUCGUCUCAGAGACUCGUCUGAGGUUCGUAGAGAUGAAGUGAGAGCUCUGCUUCGGACCAUUCACGUAGCGACAACAACAACAUCAAGAUCAAGAAAUGGUUACGUGAGAGUGAGUCUUAGACCAUUGCUUUCUACGCUUACGUUUAACAUCUUGAUGACUAUGAUCGCCGGAAAAAGAGAGCAAAACGAGGAAGCUAAGAACGUUCGUGAGCUUAUUAGAGAUGUGUUCGAGCUCGCCGGUGUUACUUACGUCGGAGAUUUUCUCCCGGUUCUCAAGAUGUUUGAUUCCGGUGGAUACAUAAAGAGAAUGAAGCAGCUCUUUGCGAAACUCGAUAAGUUUUUUCAAGAUUUGGUCGAUGAGCAGAGGAGAAACAGAGGAAAAACAGAGUAUGAGAAUACAAUGAUCGCUCAUUUGCUUACUCUUCAAGAUUCAGAACCUGAGUAUUACACAGACGAUAUCAUCAAAGGACUCGUAGAGGUGCUUUUGCUAGCUGGUACAGACACAACGUCGGUGACGUUAGAAUGGGCAAUGGCUAAUCUCUUAAACCAUCCAGAAGUGUUAAAGAGAUUGAAAAUGGAACUAAACGACGUUUUGUUAGAAAGGUGUGUGUUAGAGGAAUCAGAUGCAGCCAAGUGUACUUAUCUCAAUAAUGUGGUCUCAGAGACUCUUCGUUUGUAUCCGGCGGCACCGUUACUUGUUCCACACGUAUCAUCCGUUGACUUUAAAGUUGCUGGAUAUGAAAUUCCACGUGACACUUGGUUACUAGUAAAUGCGUGGGCUAUUCAGAGAGAUCCUAAGGUAUGGGAUGAGCCUGAGUCUUUUAAGCCGGAGAGGUUUGAAUCAGAGACCCAUCGUGGUAAGUUUUUGCCUUUUGGAAUUGGUAGGAGGGCUUGUCCAGGUAUGGGCCUUGCCCAACUUGUAUUGGGUUCGGCUUUAGGAUCGUUGAUCCAAUGUUUUGAUUGGGAGAGAGAUGAUGAUGUGGUGGUUGACAUGUCGGAAGGAAAAGGUCUUACCAUGCCUAAAGCUGUACCUUUAGUUGCCAAAUGCAAGUCUUUACCAAUCUUGGACAAAGUUGUUGUUUAACUGAAUCACAUUAGCUUCCACAUUGCAAUACUACUACUUUUUGUAAUGUUUCAAAUAAAUUUCAGUUUUAUAGUUAAAAAGAAACUUUUAAGUUAAAUUU